ACACCAUCACAGGACCAAACCAGAUCAUCCCGGGUAUACUGGCUGGGGCUGAGUGACAAGAAAGUGGAAAAUCAAUGGCUCUGGGUGGAUGGCUCCCCUCUCAAACUCAGCUUCUGGAGCACUGGGGAGCUCAAUGACUCCAGCGACGAGGACUGUGGCACCAUGGCAAUCGACGGGCGCUGGAACGACAUAAACUGCUACUGGACAGACUACUGGAUCUGCGAAAAGGCCUGGCUCUGCAUCCCCCCUCUCACAAACCGGCAGCUGGUGAUUCCUACCCUGAUCAUCGUGGCCAUCAAACUGCUCCUGAUGACCCUGGUCCUCCUCGACCUAACGGGGGAGGGGCUCACAGCUGUGUUCUCUGCGGCAGGUGUUCCCUGGUGCCAGUCGGGCUGGGACCAGGACCAAGGGAGGUGCUACCUUCUCUCCCAGGCUAACCAGACCUGGGAGGCAGCGAGAAACUCCUGCUUAGCCCAGAAUGCUGAUCUGGUGGUGAUCAACGACCAAAGGGAGCAGAAUUACUUGGCUAUUAAAGCUCGUUCCAUUCGGCACUGGAUUGGCUUCACCGACCAAGGGACUGAAGGCAUCUGGCGCUGGGUGGACAACACUUCUGCGGUAUUUACGAACUGGAAUGAAGGGGAGCCCAAUAACCUGUUCACGAGCAAAAAUGGUGAUGAGAACUGCGCCCACCUGUUGGACAACGGCCUGUGGAAUGAUGGACCCUGUAGUUUCGCUUACAGGUGGAUCUGUGAAAGAGCCGCCACUGUGUAAACAGCCCCCUCUCCCCUCGGCUCUGAACACAGGCUGAAAUUCAUCCCUCCGCCAGGAGGCCUGGGCACAGCUCAUGGCCUAUGCAUCAGCCCGUUGUGCUCUUGUGCUGACCUGUUGCCCAGGGUUGAAUCCUAGCUCUGCCUGAGGUAUCCUGGCUCCUCUGCCCAUUUGCUGCUCCCAGUGAAAACACCUUCCCCCUGCAUUUCCCGGUGCCUGGGUCGGGCCCCCUGUGACAUUCCCCUGGUGUUAUCUGGUUCAGUGAUCUGCUAGGUCACUCCUAUCCUUGACUCUGGGAGCCAGCCUUACCCUGCUCUGCUGUAAGAAUCCCCAUUCCUGGGCUGUUCAUGC